UCAAGCAUAUAUAUAUUCAAAGACCCAGUUCUUGAUUUUGCCUAACAUUUCAGAACCCAGUUUCCAAUUUCCCAAUCCAAUGAAACCCAAGUUGGGGAUUUUGAUUUCGGUCUUGCUCUCUGUUUUUUGUUCCAUAGCCGAAUCCAAAUGUAGCAAGGGAUGUGAUUUAGCUUUAGCUUCAUACUACGUGUGGAAGGGCUCAAAUCUCACCUUCAUAGCCGAGGUUUUGCAAUCUGACCCUGAUACAAUCGUAAGCUACAACAAGCAGAAGAUACCCAACAAACACAGCGUUCAGCAGGAUAUAAGAAUCAAUGUUCCUUUCCCAUGUAACUGCAUCAAUGGAGAGUAUCUGGGUCACCUGUUUUAUUACACGGUUAUCCAGGGGGACACGUACAUGAAGGUGGCGGAGACGUACUUCGCGAAUCUGACCACGUACGAGUCGUUGGAGGCGAAUAAUAGCUAUGCCGCCACUAAUAUACCCGUGGGUGCGAGUUUGAAGGUGCCGGUGACAUGUUCGUGUGGGGGCAGCUCUGUUUCGACGGAAUACGGGCUGUUUAUUACUUACCCGCUUCGGCCGGGUGACACUCUGGUAUCGCUUGCGGCGGAGACGGGCCUUAGUACGACGUUGCUGCAGAGUUACAACCCGGGUGUGUAUUUCAGCCAAGGGAGUGGUUUGGUGUAUAUACCAGGCAAAGGCAUUUCUGGAGCUGUGGCUGGGAUUGUAGUAAUCUCUUUUAUGAUUAUCUACAGCCUUAAGAGAAGGCACUUCUCAAGUAACGCAAUGGUCUGCUGUAAAAGUGGUGCAAAUAACUUUCAAAUCACUAAUGAGGAAUUCGUAAAGAAGUACGGAUCAAUAGCCCCAAAGCGAUAUACUUAUUCAGAUGUGAAGAAAUUGACCAACUCAUUCAAAGAAAAAGUAGGACAAGGAGGAUACGGUGUUGUAUACAAAGGGAAGCUACCUGAUGGGCGUAUGGUGGCAGUGAAAAUCCUGAGCGCGUCCAAAGGUAAUGGAGAAGAAUUUAUCAACGAAGUGGCUAGCAUUAGUAGAACAUCCCAUGUUAAUAUAGUCACUCUUCUAGGUUUUUGCUACGAGAAGACUAAAAGAGCUCUAAUCUAUGAAUUCAUGCCAAAUAGAUCUCUUGAUAAGUUCAUAUAUGAUAAAGGACAUCCAAGUACAAAUCAUCACUUGGACAGCAACUCUAUGUUCCAAAUUGCAGUUGGCAUUGCUCGAGGACUAGAAUACUUGCACCGUGGAUGUAACACAAGGAUCCUACAUUUUGACAUAAAACCACACAAUAUACUUUUGGAUGAGGAUUUGUGCCCAAAAAUCUCUGAUUUUGGCCUUGCUAAACUAUGCAAAACAAAAGAGAGCAUUGUUUCAAUGACGGGCAUGAGAGGGACUGCAGGAUAUAUUGCACCAGAAGUCUUUAGUCGGUACUUUGGUGGGGUUUCCCACAAGUCUGAUGUCUACAGCUACGGAAUGUUGGUUUUAGAAAUGGUUGGAGCAAGAAAAGAAUUUGAUAAUGAACUCUCUCAAACCAGCGAGACAUAUUUUCCACAUGGGAUUUAUAACAAACUUGAACAGGGUGAGAGUUUUGUAACUUUGGGAGAUAUAACAGAGGAAGAAGAAGACAAUACAAUAAAAAAAAUGGUAAUGGUGAGUUUAUGGUGCACUCAAACCAGUCCUUCAGAUCGGCCAUCAAUGGGUAAGGUGAUCGAGAUGUUAGAAGGUAGCCUUCAAUCCUUACAAUUUCCACCAAAGCCUGUCAUGCAUUCACCUAUGAGGUCACCUCAAGAUUCUUCCACAAGUUCACAGUCACAGAAUCCAACAUUUUAAACGGUUAAAAUUGUAUCAUAGGAUUUAAAAAUUUUAAAUAAAGGAUUUGUGUUGAGUUGUCUUCUCGAAGAGUGGUGGAAAAGCAAACUGUUUGGAAUGGAUGAGUAAAAUUGAGGAAGGGUUAGAAGAGCUUUGUGAACUUCAUAAUCUAUGUCGAGGACUUUUUUGAAGAAAUAAAAUUUGAGAAAAGACUUUAAUUGU